CUUGCCCUCCCUUGCAAUCUGUAAUCACGCCAGUAAUCUGGAGAAACACGUGGUAUUCCAAAUACGGGUGUAAAAAAACUUGAUAAAACCUUCAUUAAAUUUAGUAAAUUGCACUACUUCUUCACAUGAAAGCGUGGUAGAAUUGACGAUUAUUUUAAAUCUCGAACACAGAAACGGGUACCUUUUUCGAAUAGUUCGUGUGGUCUAAAAAAUCGAAUAAGCGUUUCGACAUAGUAAAUGCUAUUGUCAUCAAUAUAUCUUCGGGCCUUGAACGAAAUUCAUAACGUGGAAAUUUACGUACAACGGUUUUUAUCAACUUUAAACCAAUUUAGUGUUUUAUCGAUAAUACUUAAAUUGUGGUAAUGAAAUUCAGUUUGGAGUCGGGAGUAUAAAUGUUCAUGAUUUGUUAUAGGUGUGCCGCGAUAUAAAAGAGGUUGGGAACCACUGCACUAGACGGACAGGUUAGCUUACAAAUGCCAAGUCAAGUGAAUAUCCUCUCCAUGAGUUCAAAGGGAAUUUGAGAAGCAUUCAUGGUAGAAAAGUGAAUUAAUGUCUCGCUUUUGCUUCUCGUUAAAUUUCUGAAAAUGCGGCUAGUAUUCAAAACAAAUACAGUAUGUAGCGGCUACCAGUGCAUAUUUCUACAGUCAAUGAAAGAAUAAAUCGCUGUUUCAAAAGGGAUACCGGUAGAAGGAACAGUUGUUAUACAUGAAUCUAUAACUUAUGGGAAGCAAUACGAGAACUCCACACGACUCCAGUGUUUCUACAGUUGCACGUGUCGCAAGCCAAUGUUCCGUUGAAGAGUGUAUAUUAAAUGCAAUGCUUUCUAUGCAUAAUGGGGAGGGGGGAAUUAGGCGUUCGAAAAUAGCUUAUCUCUCCAACACAAUUUUUGGCGUGCCUGUAUUAAUACUAUUUAUAGUGCGAAUCAAACUUGUUUAAAUUGUACAGGUAGACUUUGACCAUCCCCGCAAAUUUAUUCCACCUCUAAUUUGCCACACAAAUAUAUAUACAUAACCGGAGGGCAUUUCCACAAUUCUCGAGAAAUAGUACUGUAGCCGGGCUGUAACUUUCAUAAGCGUUGUUGUGACAUUGAAUGGAUAGAGAUCCGGCAGGCUUUUCGAACAAAUUAGGAAGUUAACCCAUGUUUGCAGUGAUGUCACUUAUAUACAUAACGAUAAUCUCUUCUUUCGUUAGUCUGUUAGUGGUGUAUUGACAUUUGUCAGAACAGUAUUUACUAAAAUAGCUCGAGCGUGUCAAAUGGCCGUUCACAAAACGGUCUGAAGUGGAAAAUUGUUCAUCAAACCCGUCGUAUUCUAGUUGGGUUUAGAAAUUUGUGUUAUAUGCUGAAGAAAUGGACAAUUGUUGUCCACCAAGACUCAACCACGAAUAUGUGAAGUCUGUAGAAGGAAUUCUCAAGCUGUCACUAAUCGUUAUAGGUGUAUUUUGCUGGGGCAUCGUUUACAUUGGGGACGUCAUGUCAACAAGCAACGAGGCUCCUGAAAUUAACGACCAAGUUUUGUUUUAUUCUGCUCUCACACUACCAAGUUGGUUGCUGACUCUUCUCACAUACAUAUUUUACAUGUUUUCAAGGUCGGAAAUAAUUCCCUUCAAAUUGGACGCUGCUUUAAACGCCAUUUUUGCCAUCCUCUAUAUCGCUUGCGUUUGUUUUUCCGCAGGCUACGAAUGGUUCGUAUGGAUAUGUGAAUCGGGUAGCAGCUCGGAGGUGGUAGACACAGGCGAAUGUCCUAACGACAGAAUUUUGCGUAAUUCUGGACAAAACUUGGCUGUAGUGGUGAUAGGGUCUGUGUUGGCAGGCAUGUACGCCUUGGCGACAAUUUAUACGUUAAUUAACAUGAAAACAUGGACUUAUCUAAGAAAAUCUGGCUAUGCUCAACCGGCGACACCUGGUGUUUCGUCCGUUGGUGUAGAAUCAUUGUGAUUAGCUAAUUGGUAUUCUGCAUAUGCAUACUACCGUAGCAACAUCAAUUGUAAGAUCAGAUCAAUGUUGGCGAAUAACUAUUGUUGCCUUGUUACAUAGUCUUGUCGAUUUUUACCAAAUGCCAGGAAUUUUCAUAUUAUUUUUACCUCACAUUCUCUUUUUCAUUUUCGUGUCUUAAAUAAAUAUCAACAGCAAAUUUUUCAAGUUUAAAAUGGUAACUCAAUGAAUUAAAGUUUUUAUAGAUUCGAGCUUUUCAAGUGCACUAAUAGCACUAUGUAUGUGACAAUAUUGAUUUAAUUCCAACUGUCUUGAGCUGUGACGACAGAUCAUUUAUGCUGUUUAGUUAUAAUUUUAGACAAAAUAUUUUUGUUUUAAAAAAGCGGUUGCGUAAUAUUUUAUUUAUGUAAGAUUCACUUUCCUCCCAUCAGAUGCUUCAAUUAUUCAGUACUAUAUUUUAAAAACCGGAUAGUCAAUUUUCCACCACUGGUUACUAGUCUACGCCUCCGCACAUGGGAUCAUUAAAUACUUAGUAAGUUUUUCGAUGUAUUAUAAUAUUACGAAAAUAUAA